GAGAACAGUCGCGCGAGUAAUUGUUUUAGGCAAGAAUUCUUUCAGUUUUUUUUCUUCUUCACAGUUUCGUGUGCACCAAUAGUUAGGGAGAGAGAGAUCAUUUUACUUGAGGAAGUUUUUUAAAGAAAAAGGAACAGAAGUCUGGUGAGAUCUGCAGAAGAGAUAGAAUCUUUAAAGUUCUUGCAUAAAUUUUAAUUGAUAAAAAAAUGAGAUGGGAGAUAAAUAACUUUUGGGAAGUAGGUAUUAUGCUUUUUAUUGAGUUUAUGUAAUGCUCUGUCACACGGAUAAUCGUAAAGCGUGUACACCAUAAAUGCAUAUUUAUUGCGCGAGAGUGAAAUAAAGUUCCGACGAAAUGUGAAAAGGAGAGCAAUUAAACUCUGAAAGGAAGAGGAAAAAAAUUUUUUUCGGAGUAAUAUCCUCGCUUAUAAGGUAUACAAUACAUACAUACAUACUUUAUUGUAUUAAAAAUAAAAUUAUGUGGUGUGUUAUGCUGAAAGGACAACACUCGUAUCCCAGUGCACAAUAAUAGAGACUGAUAUUGCGAAAUUUAUACAUACAUAUAUAUCUACAAUAUUAUAAAAUUAAUACAAGCCUCAAUAAUAACAACAAUAUUUAAUUAUUUGAUAAAAAUCUUCGUUUAAAUAUUCCAAAUUGUGUUUUUACUCCCAACAAAAGUGUUUCCUUAGUGCAUUUCAAUAUGGUUGGUUUUCAUUAUAAUGAAAAAUUUUAUGCAACAUACAAACAAGAUAUAUAAUUAUAACGUGACAUAAUGAUUUGUUUUUAAAAUGUAUACCACACAGAACAAAACUUAUUCACAAACACAGUAUAUAAAAUAAAUUUGAGAGGAGAAGUAGAUUUUUUUCCACGUUCUCCAUUCUUUUUUUUUACAUCUUUGCUUUCUUUGCAAUAUGCCAAGAGAAGGAAGUGACAAAACACUCAACAUUUCGGCUUUUUGGGGACAAAAUACUUAAGUGGUGUGUAUUGCAUUAAAUAAAUAAAAUAAACAGUGAUGAAUUUUAAAAUUGCAUUUUAAAUACCAAGUGCAUUGUUUUUUGAUAAAAUACAAUACAAUACAAUAAAAAGAAUAUAACAAAAACAUUAUAAAGGUGAAUUAUUCAUAAAACAUGAAAAUUAAAUACAAAAACAAACUGCUUCCUAGGAAUUACAAUGUAAUUUCAACAAUUUGUUGAUUGCAUCGUGUAUCCGCACACAUGAAUAAUAAAUUAAGGAAUUAAUUAAGAUAAAAUAAAAUAUCAUAGAGAAAGAAAGUUCCUGCGUGUCAAAGGAGGAGAACGAAGAAAGACAAAAAGGUGAGAUUCAAGCAGGAAUCUCUCCGGUGGAGGAAGACAAAAACAAAGCGUAGUAAUGUCGGGAUUUAGAUCACUUAUGCCAUCAACGCCUCAUCAAACACGUAGUGGUCCAAUGUUUAAUCCUCUAAAUAAUCAUGGACUUAUUUACUCGGCGCAUUCUAUUCAUGGACAACUCACCCAUAAUCCUGGGCACCAUCCACUCCAUCAUCACCAACAACUACAAACCCAAAAUCAUCAUUUGAUGCCGAAUGACUUGAUGACUGGACACCAAAUUUCCGUACGGCAUCCUAAUAAUAAUUCCGCCCAAUUGAUACAUCAUGCUGGAAUGAGAAUGUUGCCGGCAAAUAUAAUUCCCCUUAAUAACAAUGGAGAACCAAUUAAGCUGCCUGAAAAUCUUGAAAGCUUACCGAGAGCUGAUCACUUUCCAACACAACGUCAUCGUUGGAAUACAAAUGAGGAAAUUGCUGCGAUUUUAAUUAACUUCGAGAGGCAUUCCGAAUGGCAAUCAAAAGAAGUGAAGACACGACCAAAGAGUGGAUCUAUGCUUCUGUACUCACGGAAGAAGGUCCGCUACCGUCGUGAUGGGUAUUGCUGGAAGAAGAGAAAAGAUGGGAAGACCACGCGGGAGGAUCAUAUGAAAUUAAAAGUUCAAGGAACUGAGUGUAUCUACGGAUGUUAUGUUCACUCAGCAAUUCUUCCAACCUUUCAUCGUAGAUGCUAUUGGUUACUUCAGAAUCCAGAUAUCGUUUUGGUGCACUAUCUUAAUGUUCCAUAUCCGGAUGAUAAUAAAAUGGCUGUAAUAGCUCCCAGUUUAGCUCUUUGGGGGGAUAAGAAGGAGUGGACUAAGGAGGAACUAGUCAGUCAACUUAAGCCAAUGUUUUUUAGCGAAGAUGAACCCGACACAUCAAAUGACAUUGAACUUUCCACAGCUGAAACUGUUGAGUCCAUCGUUGUGCAGUUGAUGGAGAAACAACGAUCAGCUAGACAAGCUGCUUUGGUUAAACAAUUGGAAUGUGGAUGCGCUAAUUCAACUUGCACAGACGGCAAGUCGUGCUCGCAUCCGAUGAGGCGCAUAACUGUUGUGAAGAAUGCAAAUGAGAAACGCUUGGACAAUUGCAAUCAGUGGAAUGAACGUUGGAAGGGUCAUGGUGGGCAAAUUGGUGGUGAAAUUGAUACAACAUCAAAAUGUCUUAAUAAUCCAAUUCACUACCAAGUCCGCGAUGGGCAGGUAUCAUCAUCUUCGCUGGCAAUGGGUGUAGCAAAUGGUAGCAAUCAUCAUACGAUGAAAAGCAAAAGUAAUAGUAAUAGCAACAUUGUAAGAAAUUCAGCUUUACAUGAAUCGCCAAAUAUUAAUGAAUUACCCAUAAAUACAUGUAAUAAUAGCAAUAGCAUUAAUAAUCGACAAGGUAAUCACAAUUUAUUGAAUUUUGCGAAUCGCAUUGUGACUAUAACGAGUCAUAAUAUUAUCCCUAAUCAUCGUUCAGUGUCCAUCGUGUCACAAUCAAAUGAUACAGCACUGAAUACGGCGGGUAUGAGUAUUAUGGCAGCAAAUAUACAGAGGCAGCAGCAUCAAGAUCCCACGCGGCAGCAUCUGCAGAUGGAUAAUCAGGAGCAAGCUAAUCUCGUUAAUGCAGCCCGAAUGAAUGUUAAUACAUCCACGGCAACACCUCCAUUGGUGCUCAAUUUAUCCCAAAUACAGAAUCCCAAUGGGAGUUUACUAAUUCUGAAUGGGCAACAGCAACCGCUUGUGUGCCAAACGCAAUACAUGAAGGGGAAGGUAGAUAAGGAGCAGCAGCAGCAGCAAGUAAAGUCCGAAAUGGUGUGUCAAAAGCUCCAAAGUAAUUUACUCACACCAAAGGAAGAAGUGAAUGGGGGUAGUGGUGGUGGUAUUGUGAAGCAGCAUCAAUCAAUGGGCAAUGGUAGGUGCAACAGUGUUGGGGAGAAAUCUGAUAGCAAAUCAUCGGAGAAUACAUCGAAAGACAGCAAUGAUUCACUGUCUUACUUCAAUGAGACCCUAGAUCUAUCCCAGGAAGACAUACAGAAGACUCUAAGUGCCAAUAUGCCGCUAUCAAAUCACAAUACCGACGAAACAAUGAAUAGUGAUAUAAAUCCAAUGGAUUUCAUGGAUAAUGUAUGCGUGGGGAAUCCCCCAUCGGUCCACGAUGAUGAUGUCUUUGUGAAUUUGGAUGCAUUCGAUAUGUUGGUGGAGUUUCCGGAUUUGGAACUCGACGGCGGCGGUACCAAGCACAAUUUGUCCGAUGCGACAAUUGAUGCAGCUUCAAUUAACUGUGAUAAGUUAGUAGCAACAGAUGCCCACAAUGGGAAGAAUUCCAACAGUGCUGCUGAAUUGUUUGACAUUACGGACUAUAGCCCGGAAUGGGCGUACCCAGAUGGUGGUGUUAAAAUCCUCAUUACUGGCCCAUGGGAUGUUAAUUGCUCCUACACAGUUCUCUUUGAUUCAUUCCCCGUACCCACGACAAUUGUCCAGAGUGGCGUCCUCCGAUGCUACUGCCCCGCACACGAUGUUGGCCUCGUGACACUCCAAGUUGCCUGUGAGGGCUUUGUCAUUUCCAAUUCCGUGAUAUUUGAGUACAAAUCCCAACCGAAAGUCGAUGUACUGUGCGAAGGGACUUAUGAGGAUUUUUGCAAAUUCAACCUACUCCAUCGCCUUGAGGCGCUUGAUACAAAAAUGCACAUUAGGAAUAAUCUCAAGGAACUGCCGGAUGAUUCAGUACUACUGAAACAGCCAAAUUUUGAGGAGCGCUUAGUGAAUUACUGUCAAACCCUCUCGGGAAGGACAUGGAAUGAAAAUCUCUUUGGAUGGAAUAUUGGUCACAAAAAUAUGACCCUCCUCCAUCUUGCUUCUGCACUUGGCUACACAAAACUCGUCUUGGCCAUGCUAACGUGGCGCGAGGAGAAUUCAAGUAUAAUCCUUGAAGCUGAAAUUGAUGCACUCCGUCAGGAUGAUGAUGGAUUCACGCCCCUUAUGUGGGCAUGUGCCGGUGGUCACAAUGAUACGGCAAUUAUGCUUUACCAUUGGAAUCACAAUGCAAUAAAUCUGAAGAACCGCUUUCAAAUGUCCGCCGUGGAUUUGGCAAAGUCUAAUGGCUAUACAAAUUUAACGACAAUCCUGGAACGUCUGGAGAAUGAACGGGCAAAUGGGAAAUUGGCAAAUGCAUCAGUUAAGAAUUUAAAAAAUAGCAAUUUACUCGUGAAUACAUCCACAAACAAUUUAUUUGCCCACACCUACGCCAAUCCACCCAAUGGGGGCUUUAAGUUGGAAUUUGGUGAGAAAGUUUGUGGGGGGAAUAAGGGUUCAGCAUCACCGGGGAUGGUGGAUGUGAAGAAAGGCACCAACUAUGAGCAACUAAAUGACUUUGGUGCUGAGAAUAAUGCCAAGAAUGAGCUUGAAAAGGGUGGGAAUGAGAAUAGAAGUCACGAUGGGGUCUUCUUGCGCCCCGUGGCAAUUUCCAGUAGCAGUUCGCCCAUUCUUAAAUUCGCCAAGAGGCCAUCCGUGGACAGUGGGAUUGGAAUUGAUCUCAAGGGGAGCUUUCGGAGCUUUGGCAAAUGCGUACGUGAAGCUCAAAAGCCAUUGAGCUCUAGAUUGGAUAGAAGUAUGUCCCUUCCGAUUGCUAGUCUUCCUCAGUCUUAUGGUUCCCUUGAUGUCCCGGAAAACUCAUCGCUAUCUAUUGAGACAUCAAUGGAGGGCAGCAAUGUGGGACUUUCAUCCCACAAUUUACUCUCACCUCUACGUAAAAUGGACUUUGCUCUAUGCGAGAUUUCAGCGGGUGAUUCCAGUCCUAUGGGACAGCAGGAUACGGUCCAGAACGACGAUGAAAAUGAUGAACGUCAUCUGGACAAUGAUAGUAUGAGUCAAGAGGGUGGGGUUGUAGGGGAAUCCGAUGCAAAAGUUUUAACCCUAGCUGAGCAGAUAAUUGCAGCGAUUCCUGAAAGAAUUAAGAAUGAAUCUGACGAAAUGAUGUCCAUCGGGAGCCCCUUGUCGGAAUCCCUGAGCGUUGAGACACCAAGUAUGGGUGUUCUGGGUGAGAAUCUAAUGGAUCCACUGCUGGAUUCUCUUCCAAACUCCCACUACGAUCAGGAGUACAAUUUUGAAUUUUCCGACCACAACUAUCGUUACCACGAUGUUGGAACUCCCUGCUCGAGCCUCAGUCCAGCCAGCUCGGGGCCCCUUCAGAGUCCCGCCAGCUAUUCCAUUCCCCCGGAUCCACUAGUCAACACCCCAAGUCCUCCGCCAACCACGCAGGACUUUACGGAGUUCCUUCAGGCCUCCAACACCACACCGAAACCCUUUGAGGCUGAUUUCAGUAAUCUCACACUCACCGAUAGUGAGCAGAGGGAGCUCUAUGAGGCAGCCAAAUGCAUCCAGAAGGCCUAUCGCUCCUACAAGGGGCGCAAGAAGCUCGAAGAGCAAGAUAAGGAACGUACAGCUGCCAUUGUCAUUCAAAAUUACUACAGAAGAUACAAGCAAUACGUGUACUACCGCCAAAUGACCCAUGCGGCAUUAAUAAUCCAAAAUGGGUAUCGCUCAUACUGCGAAAAUAAGAGAUUUAAGAAGGCAGCACAGCAUCAGCAGGGAGCAACAAAUUGUGACAAUGUCUCAUCAUCGCAGUGCUUGGAGAAUUUCUACAAGAACUACCAAACGGAACAGGCUCAAUUUCAGAAUUCAGCAACCCCCAAAGAAUUGAGUCCCUCUGGUCCACUAAAGAGGACCUAUUCCCAAAGGACACAAAAUCAAGCAGCUAGAAAAAUUCAGCAGUUUAUGAGACAAUCAAAAAUGAAUAUUUGGGAAGAUCACUUCUCAUACUUGACUUCAGAAAGAACGAGCCGAAAGAGAGAGGCUUGUCCACCAACACAGGGUGGUGGACUACCCCCAAAACUCGCAGUAUCUCGCUCAACACGACCAUCCAUCCAGCGAGCAAAAAUAAUUGGCAGUUUAGAGGUAAAAAUGCAAAGUUCUAAUUGAAUUUUUAAAAACAUAAAAAAAAGAUGAAAAAAGUAGAUUUUUUCAAAUUUCUCAAUGCUAAAAAAAAAUAAUAAGGUGAGUGCACAUAAAAAGGCAAUCUCACCUGCAUUAUCCUAUUAAUCUUUACAAUCUUUAAAUGAAUAUAUAUACAUACAUAUAUCAUAACAAAUAGCUUUGAAUUUAUUAAUUUUUUGACGCUUUAUUGAGAAUUUUGGGAGGAUAAAGAAAUCUUGUUCGGUUACUUUUCAAUGUUUUUUCAUAUUAUAAAAUUCAUUUUUUAUUGUAAAUAAAAUAGUAAUAACAUAAAAAACGUUAUUUGGGAAUAAAACAAAUAUUUUUUUAAUAAAAAAAAAUAAAGGAAUAAAAUACAAAAAAAUAAACUUUUUUGCUUGAAAAGCCAUUUAAAAAAAAAUUAUAUUUAGAAAUGAAAAAAAAAUCAAUAGAGAUUAUUAUUGAAAAAAAUACACCCAAAAUAAAUACAAUGAAAUUUAAAUUAAAGAAUAAAAAAAUGAAGAAAAUAUAUUAUUGAAAAAAAAAUAACUUUAGGUUUGUAAAUAAAUAAAUAAAGCUUAUACGAAGAGACAUUGAAAAAAAAGAACUUUGUCGAUUAAAUUCGGUAUAUAACAGAAUACCUGAAAAACAUAUUGUGAUAAAAAAAAAUAUAAUAAGUACUUACAAUUAAUAAAAAGUACCUAUGGGCAACCUAUAGAGGUGAGAAAAAAAUGGGAAGAGAACGUGAGAAGAUAAAAAUAUAUAUAUUCAAAUAUUCUUAUGUAUAGGGACUGUUAAAAUCAUCAAACUAUUGAGUAUUUACAUACAACAAAAGGUAAUAAGUAAAAUGUGGGUGGUUUUUUCUUUCAAAGCCCCUUACUAUGAGAAAAAAAAACAUUGCAUCUUAAUCAUGAAAAAAAAACUAAUGUCCAUAAUUUUUUUAAAAAAUAGUUUUUAGAAUAUUUCAUUACCAUACAAAAAAAACAUAAAAUUUAAUAAAAAUGACGGAAGAGAUUGUAGAGAAAAACGUCCAUUAAAGUACUAAAAAAAACAAAGUCUUUUACCAAAAUAUUGCUAUGCGAAUUAUUAAAAAAAAACUGAAUUGCUGAGGGGUAAGAAAAAUAAAAUCUAUAACUUAUAAAAAAAAAAAUGUUGAACAAUACAACUCAAGAGGCAAUCAAAUGUAGUUGAGAAAAUAAUGAAGAAAAAAACAUUAUAAGCGUAUAAUCUACAAUUGAUAGUGUUUUACAUUAUUUCAAAAGUAGAUUUAGAAGAAAAAAAAACUAAAUAAGGAAAAUGUGAAAUUUUUCAAAAAUAAUUUAGAAAAAAAUAUAUCUCCAAGUAGAAUAUUUUUCAUUAGCUUUGGAAAAGAAAAACUUUCAAGAUUUUCGCAAACUUUUUACCCGAAACAAACAAAACUCUUUUCUAUAACAUUAAAAUCUUCCAAAUCCAAUGGUCUGAAUUAUUUUGUGAAAACAAGUUAAUUUAAAAUGAAAAAUAACGUCUUUUCUCUAAAAAAAAAACAAAUUAACAACGAAGUAGAUUUUAGAUGAAAAUAAACGGAAAACUGCAGCAAUUUUGGGCGGUUUAAUGUCAUGAAUUGGCCCGAAGGACCUUCCCGACAGCCUGGUUUAAUUUGUUCUUUUUAAAAAUAUAACUUUCUAGUCAUUAAUAGGGACGGAGAAGAAAUAACUAACUAAUUAUAAUGAGAAGUAAAAAAAACUCAAUAACUGAUUCAGCAUUUUGAAAGAAUAUUUAAAAGAAAUUAUUAGUUUCGUUUAUUAAAAAAAAACUUUCUUAUCCAACCAAAAUAUAAAUAAGAGAAAAGUUCUAGCUGUCACUAUAAUAGACAGCCUAUAAUAUUUUUCUUUGCCAUUUCACACCACUUACUACCUACAUAUUUACUUCACUAUAAGAAUGAGACAGAGAGAGAGAGGCCCUUUGCAGUAGAUUUAAUCGUAUGUUUUGAGGUCAUGGAGAUUUAUUCGAAACAUUCGGAUUUAUCUCUUGUUCGGGAAAUUGAAUUAGAAAGAUUUAACACAAAAUCUUUUAACGGUACACUGUGGGAAAUCGUACGACAAUUUUUUAAAUAGCUUUUUAGGGAAAGAAAUUGCUAAUUUAACUGAAAUCUUAGAAGGGAAAAUUUAAAAAAAAAAAUAACUUCUUCAAACGUCUUUCCAAUAAAGUUUGUUAACUACAUUGAAAAAAAAUGUCUUUGAAUCUUUGAGAAGCUUUCAAAAGUCUUGAAAAAUGUUUGAAAAUCAAUAAAGAAUACAAAGAAAAUCAGCUCCGGUGCCUGUAGUGGGCCUUGUUUCAACUUCUGAUUCUCUAAGAAAUUGUAAAUCAUCUUGAGAGCUUUCAUUAGAGCUUAAUUUGAUCAAAAUCGGACAAGAUGAACCAGAAAUAUGGAUUACUUUUGAUUAAAUAUUUAGGCAGACGUAUUGGCUAAAAAUUGACGAAAAAACGACCUUAUACGAGUCGAUUACAUAAGCCAUAAUAACGCCUAUUAAUCGAACAGAAUAAUAAGCUUUUGACAGCUUGUCUGGUUUAACCUUGGACGUUUAACCCUUACUCGAUUUUGAAAAUGUUUCAUUUUGUAUACCUUGUUAUUUUAUGAAGAUUGAGUCCAAAUUAGUACAAGACUAUGUCUUUACACACCCUGAUCAUUUUAUGACCACAAAAGGACAUCCCCAAGGACUCAGAGGAUCAGAAAAGACGAAAAAUCGAAAAUUCUUGAGUUGGGAUUUUUUGCUAAAAAUGUCUUAUUUGAGCUCCAAAGAACCCACAAAAAUUAUGUUUUGUUCAAUCAACUCGCUAGAUUGAUCGCGGACCUUAAAGGGGUAAUUUCUAACGUUUGAUAGUCUAUUAAAAUUCAAAAUGUUGAUAUUCUAUGUUUUCUAACAAUAAAAAUGCUUUAACUUUAAGGAUUUAAAUUGUAAUCUACAAUCUUCUAAAGUUUCAGAAUUUUGAGUCUGAUAUUUCUGCAAACUUUCAACGUUAAAGAGUUUUCGUCUUAAGGCGUCCAAUUAACAGUUAUUUUUCCAUGUAGAAUCCUUUAAGAAAAAAAUCUUCUUGAAUUUGCUGGUCCCUGACGUUUUGACACAUUUAGGGGGAGCAAAUUCUAGCAAAUUUUUUCUCAUAGAAUUUUACAUGGCAGUGUUCUGUCAAUUGGACACAUUAAUAGUUUCCUGUGGUCCCCAAAGGGUUAAUGGACUUUCUCAGUUUUUGGAUUCAUAGUUCAGACCUAAGAUAACAGGCUAUAAACAUUCUAUAAGUUAGAACACGAUCCACGAUAAAGGAUUGAAUGAAAAUCUGUUCAAAUUCAUUUCAUUACGCUAAAGUCAGCCUAGAAAUAAUUUCUUUUGAGUUUUGAAGUAAAUUGUGAAUACCCAAAUACCCUCUCUGACUACGUCAUUAAUUAGUAGUCAAAGGAAUCCGUUGAAAUUCGUUGAAUAGUCAAAAUUUGAACUUAAUGUUCAUACCAAGAAUUUUGAUUGUCUUGUCCUCGAUCCAAAUAUCAUUGCUGUUAAGAAAAAAAUCUUCAAAGCUUUCCUGACAAUCCUAAACUAUUUCUCACAGUGUAUUUACUACACCACCCCAGUAAGAAUAACGUGACAAGAAGUGCUCUACUUCUGCAAAAUUAAGUAAUUAAAGGAGAUUUGAUAUUCUCGAAUAUUUUUCUCUAUUGCCUCAUCACAUUCCUCUCAUAAAUUCUUCCCCGCAGAAAUUCCUCCCAUUGAGCCAUGCUCUGUGGAAAUGUGACUACAAAACAAAAUUCACUGAUAAAAUCUCAACAGUUCCGGUUAGAACUUUUAGCGGAUGUGGGCAUUGUGGGGAAAAUGUGGUAGGACGAUAGAUAAAAUGUUGAUUUUCUUUUCUGCAAAAUCAGUAUUGAAUGACAAAAAAUGUACAUAAAGGCACAGAGAAUGGGGAAAAAUGAUUUUUCACUGUUAAAAAGCAGAAAGAGACUUUAUGGAGUAAAAAAAUGAUUUAAAAAAAUUGUAGAGAAGUUAGAACAUUUAUACCUUUUAAACAAUAAUUAUAUUAACAAAAUUACAAAUAUCACUAUAAACUAUCUUUAAUCCUUUUGUAGUCUAAGAAUUUUCAAUGCUUCUGGCAUUUUAAUCCUUGGGCAUUCUUUAGAGGAACUUUUUUAUUUGAAUUAUUUUCUCAAGUUUAUAUUUUUUCCCAAUAAAAGAAAAACUAUAUAAUGAUACAUGAAGAAAGAAAUGAAAACUCAUUUUUGCUUACAUUAAAUGAGGCUGUUCGAAAUUUAAUCCAGGCUAUUGUAGAAUUUAGGUGAGAAAUUUAUUCAAAAAAAAAAAACCAGCCAAGUAUUUUUUGAACAGACCUCAUUUGUCUAUUUUCACUGCCAUAAAAUAUUUUUUUGAUUGGAUUGGAAAAAAAAUCCUUCAAAAGAAAAAAAAUUGUCUGUAUUAAAAAAAAAAUGUAGAAAUAAAGGAAAAUGUAUUUUCUUAAAAAGAAAAAAAAUACAUUUUCGAUAUCACUAAUAUUUCAAAAAAAAAGAAAAUACAAAAAAUAGACUAAAAAUAGAACACGAAUUCAUUAUAUUGACAUAUCAAAUUUCUUAUUUUAUACUAAAGAAAAAAAAAGAGAGAAGAAAAUUGAAAGAAGAUGAAUAAAAAAUGAAAUAUAACUUAUAUUUUUCUAUAAGUGCACUUCAAAAUUUUAAUGCUUGUACAUAAGUUUAAAAAAAAAACAAAUAUAAUAAUAUUUUUUAAUAAUGAAUCCUGUAUAGAGAAAAAAUCCCAUAGAGAUUCUCAAAAAAAGAAAUUGAAAGGAUAAAGAGAGAAACUUUGAAAAAACAAGAAAGUUAUUCUUAUACGAUUUAAAAGAGAAGAAGAAAAAAAUAUUGAGAAAACUUUAAAAAAUGCGAGUUUAUAGAUAAAAUAUGAUAAAAAAAUAUAUAUUUAAGAGCUUUCAGGAUUGCUUUACAAAAUGAAAAGGCAACUAAAAACAAAAAGAAAAAAAUCAAUGCAGUUGAAAAGAAAUGAGGAUUGAUGAUUUUUUUGUAAAUAUAUUUCCCUUUUAUUCUCUCCACUACUUUGUAGAUUUAUAAAUAUUAUAUAUAAAAUAUAUAUAAAUAGCUCAAAUUUCCUCAAAACCUGCCCAUAAAGUUAGUUGGCAGAUAAGACAAGAAUGGAGGGUAGAAUAGAAAGGACUGCCUUUUCCUAUUUUUUUAGAGGUGGUCCUUCCUUUUUUUCUAGAUAGUUGGAAGUUCAAAGAAAAAAAAAACAAUCCAUUCCUCUUCUCGUCAAAUCUUUUUAAAAAAAAAAAGUAUUUCUCCGCUCUUCUACUCGCCAUCUUUUUAUAUAAAUAAACUCCAUAAUGGUGAGAAAAUUUAAGAAAAAAAAUAAGACUUUUCACACUAUUGCUCAAAAUAAUUGGCAUUGCAGCAAAGGAAAAAGUAAUAUCGAUAUUUAAUAUUAGAAUUUUAAUUUCAUUCUAUAUCUUUUCAGUUUAUGAGUUAAACCUUAGAAUUUUUCUUUAUGAUAAUUCAGGUUAGAUCUUUGAAUCUUCCGGAAAACUGUUGUGCAAUUUCCACAUGAAUUUUGCAUUUUGAUCAGAAGAAUGAUCUGUUUGUUUCAGUUAGAAAAAUGAAAGAAUAAACAUUGAAAAGGCUCUUAAGACGUUAUUUUAUACCAAAAUUUCGUCUAAAAAUUUAGUUUUGGUUAUUUUUUUUCUACUUUAACCCUUAAUGGAUCGAGAUUUCUAACCUGAAAGCUUUGACUUUAAUUUUCUCUCAAAAAGAAAGUUUUUUCCCGAGUUUUCUUAUCGAUGAUCUUCAAGAUCUAGAAGUUAAUUGAAAUUCUCUACACUCAAAUGCAGAAUUUAUGACGAAAUGUUAAAUAGAUUUUAAUUUAAUGACGAUUGAAAAAAUAUUGACCAGGAAAAUCCUCCAGGGUUAAGAAGAAAUUUUUCAAUGGAAUUAGGAAAUAAUAGACGAGAUCUAAUUGAAAAAUCAUUGGCAAAAAAUGCAAUUUCUAGAAUCAUGUUAGAACGAAAAAAAACUGCGAUUUUUCACACCUAAAAAAAAUUUUAGAAGGCAUUUUUACGCUGUUCCCAUCAGAAUAUUUUUCUUAGGUCUCUUUAGAGACCAUCUUCCGAAAUUGAAUGUUGAGAAAAAUGUUGAAAUCUAUGAGGCACAUACAUAUAUCCCUAGUUGAGCGCCUUCAAAAGUUUCUCCAUAGUGAUGAUCUUGAAAAAAAUCGAAGCGGUCACAGUGUGGAAAGCAAAAUCCUCCAAGGGUUAAAAAAAAGCUUGAAACAUUCGUAUAAAGUUUUAUCGUUAUUUUUUUUUACUUUGAACAAUUAUGUAAAACUUUUUAGUCUCUUACAUGUAAAAUUAACUCAUUUAUAACUUUGAAAAUUAAUUAAACACUAAAAUUCUUCUAAGGUUUAACUCUUCAAUAAUUAAAUAUUUAUAAUUCUAAAUCUUAUUUAAACUUAAAAAUUAUUUAUUUUUUCUUGCAUAAUAAUUCAUUUGAGCAAUUUAACUUCAAUUCUUACACAUAAAACAUAAAUCUUCCUACCAACGCUAUUUAAACAAAAAAAAUAGGUACAUAACUCCUCUUCCAUUAAAACAGUUGAAUGUUUAAGAGAAAGAGAGAGAGAGAACAAGUCAUUUAAUCAACUCUUUUUAUGGCCAAAUUACUGGUCAAGCCAUUAAUUUUUCAAUAAAUAAUUCAAUUUAUCAAUUUAUUCAAUACAACGUAUAAUUUAAUCAUUUAUAUUUCGCAUAUCCGAUGGUGUUGCAUGGAUUUUUCUGCACACGGUGUGAAUACAUAAUGUUCAUUUAAUUUAUGUUUUAGGCCACUUGAGCGACAUUUUGAUGAACUGAGGCGUGAAAUGAGAUUUUUUUUUCGAUGUUGUUAUUCUUAAUUCCUUGUUGUUUAUAUCAUUAUAUUUCGUGGUUGUGAUUUAUGAAUGUGCAAUAAAAAUUUAAAAAUUCUUAUUUUCACUGUAUUAAGGGGAGAUUUUCUUAGUGUAUAAACUUUCCAAAUCAUUUUGAAGAAAAUCUUCUUUUUUGAGUUACAAAGAAAAACUUUCUCUUUACGUAAAAAAAAAGUCUUUAAAAUAAAACUUCCAUAAAACUUGAGCAAAGAGUGAUUGUUAGAUUUUUCAUGAUAAAUAAAUUUUAUAAAAAUUAAGAAAAAAACAAAACUUUUAGACAGAAGAACAGCAAAAGUUCUUCUUCUUAGAAUAUCACACUCUGAAAAAAAAAAGUUUUAAAAUAAAAUUUUCUUAUUCUCUAUGAAAAAACUAUUUAAUGAAAAAAUAUUGUAAGAUAGCACCGUGAAUUAAACAACAAAAAAUAUUUUCACAUUUAUUGAGAAAAAAACAUUGACUUCUUGAACAUUAUGACUAUGUAUAUAAAAAACAAUCUAUUUAAAAACAAACAAUCUUUUUUCUAAAUAGAACUUAUUAACUUCCUAUCGCAUAGUUUUUAGUCACACCUAUAUACUUUUAUUAGUAUAACAACACAACAAUUUUAAAGCAAAAACCAAAAUUAAGAAAGAAAAAAACACUAUAUAUUGAAAAAAAACAAACACAUUACGCAGAUACAUCGCAAAAUUACAAGAAAAAAACUAUUGCAUUGAAAAUUUAAUUAUUAUUAUUAAAUAUUAUUAUUAUUAUUAUUAAAAAUGAAAACAUGGUUAAUACACACAGAAAAAAAUUGAAAUGAAAAAACUAUAAAAAAUAUGAUUCUUGUAGGAAUGAGAAUUAUGAUUAAACAGAAAGAUAUAACAAUAAAACUGUUUCACAACUAUAUACAUA